UGGGCAUUUAAAGGUUGGGGGUAAAUUUGGACGUUUAUAAGAGGGCGAAGAACGAACAGCAAAAACAACACAAACAACACAAUAUGUUUUGUUCAAGUUUGUAAUUCUGAUUAAUGGAGAGUGUGUAAAUUUUCCUUUUGUAGUAUUGUAAUUCUGAUUUUAUUAUUUUUUACAACUAGAAAAGGUUGCAAUAAUUCUGAAAAGGGUGUGUUAUUCUGAUUUUUGAAAAGGAUAUAGUUUUAAGUUUGUAAUUCUGAUUUUUUAAGUUUGUAAUUCUGAUUUCUCUUUUAAGGCUUGUAAUUCUGGUAUUAUUCUGAAAAGGCUGUAAUUCUGAUUUUGUAAUUCUGGUUUUAUUUUCUUCGAAAUUCUGAUUUUAAUUCUGAUUUGUUUAUAUUCACUUGUAAACUUGCUUUAUUUCCGGAAAGUUUAGUUUGCAAUUUAAAGUUUAAUUAAUUCUGAUUUUUCGAAAAAAGUUUGCAAUUCUGAUUUUAAUUCUGGAAAAGUUCUAUUUCUCAACAUUUUUACAAUUGUAAUUUUAAUUAGUCAGAAAAUGCAAGAGACUAAAGUAGUCUUAGGAAUUGCAUGCUUAAGCUCAUUUUUGGCUGUUUUUGCUACUUUAGUAGUUAUACCCCAACUUUAUUUACAAAUUAAUGAAAUUAAUGUUCGUGUACGUGAUGGAGUUCAGGCAUUCCGAGUCAAUACGGAUUCUGCUUGGAAUGAAUUAAUGGACUUACAAAUAGCUACAACUCCUCUUAGCAAAGCAAAAAGUCAAAGUUUUCAGUCUCUUUUUCGCGUUAAACGUCAAUUGCCUGAUUACUGUAUAUGUCAACCUUUACAGCUUACUUCCUUUCCUUGUCCAGCGCCUCGAUAUGAGUGUCAUCGUUGCCCUGCUGGACCCCCUGGACUUCCUGGAAAGCAAGGGCCACCUGGACAUGCUGGAAGGCCUGGUGCUCAUGGCCCUCCUGGCAAAAGUAGUGGCGUCGGUCCACCAGGAGCUGUUGGACCUAGAGGACCACCCGGAUCUCCAGGAAAACCUGGAGGUAUUGGUUCGCGUGGACCUCCUGGAAGAUCUGGAGUUAUUCGUUCAACAGUACCGGGGCCUAAAGGUCCGCCUGGUGCACCGGGAUUGCCUGGAAAGCCAGGAUCGCCUGGACAACCCGGCAAGCACGGACCUCAAGGAAUGCCUGGAGCUUUGGGACCGCCAGGUGCAAUCGGAAAACCUGGUUUUCCUGGAAAACAAGGGCCAAGUGGGGCUCCAGGACAACAUGGAGCGGAUGCACAGUAUUGCCCUUGUCCUCCACGUUCAACUGUCGUCAAAACAAAGAAGCGUCUUUAG